UUUAAAUAGAUAAUUGUGAUUAAUUAAUAAUAUAAAUCCUAAAUCCUAAAUCCUAUAAUCACUGAAUUUGUGCUACAGAUCUUAUAUAUCAAUGUGUGCUUUAAGAUAUUGGCUUCUGAUUUUUGAAGUUAUUAGAGGAAUGAUUUUGUGGCCUUAAAUCUUCUCCAGCUCUCUUAAUUACUUUCUACUUCUUUUAGUCAAAAAAACAAACAAAAACCAAAAAUAUUCUGUUGCAUUCAUUAUUACACUUGUUGCCUCUCUUAAUAGUUUCUAAUUCUUUUAGUAAAAAAUACCAAAAAAAUUCUUUUGCAUUCUUCACACUUUCUGGCUCUCUUAAUACUUUCUAGCUCUUUUAGUCCAAAAAAAAAAAAACUUUUGCAUUCAUUACACUUGCUGCCUCUCUUAAUACAUUCUAGUUCUUUUAGUCAAAACUUCUUCAAAAAAAAAAUGUUCUUUUAGUCAAAAACAAAAAAACAAAAAAAUUCUUUUAGUCCAUUUUAGACAAAAAAUUGUUGCCUCUCUUAAUAAUUUCUAGUUAUUAUAGAAAAAAAAAAGUUGCAUUCAUCACACUUGUUGGCUCUCUUAAUACUUUCUAGUUCUUUUAGUAAAAAAAAUAUAUAUUUUCCAUUCAUCACAUUUGUUGGAUCUCUUAAUAGUUCUUUUUAGUCAAAAAAAAAAAACAAAAAAUUUCUUUUUCAUUCAUCACAUUUGUUGGAUCUCUUAAUACUUUUUAGUUCUUUUAGUAAAAAAACAUUUUUUCCAUUCAUCACACUUGUUGGCUAAUACUUACUAGUUCUUUUAGUCAAAAAAACCAAAAAAAUUCUUUUACAUUCAUCACACUUGUUGGCUCUCUUAAUACUUUCAAAUCCUUUUUCAUCGUGGUGCCAAGCAAGGACCUGUUAAUUUCAAUCCAAUUUUGAAGUAAUUGAGGAAUUAUGUAGUACGUGGAAUUUGUUUAAUUGAUUCGUCUAUUCAGAAGAUGUAGCUGGGGAUGAAGCAUGGCUUCUCUAGUUGAUUGCUAUCAUUUCCUGCUGCCACCUCGUGUAAAAGCGAGGCUGAAGGAGUUUCUGGUUCACUUGAAGUUGUACGAGGCAAGACAUCGGGAACUAAAAGCCAAAAUUCAGAAUCUCAAGAAAGCGAGAGAUUCUGUUCAACGUAAAGUUGAUGAAGAAGACAAUCGAUACGGGAACGGAAUUCCAAGGGAAGUUGCAGAUUGGAUAAAAGCUGUGGAUACAAUAAUUUCUGAAUGUGACGAGUUCGAUGAGGACGAAGACCAUCAACUUGCUGUGUUUGACUUGUUUAAAAGUGGUUACCUUCCUAAAACUGGGAUAAGGUAUCGUUUAAGCACAAAAGCUUUUGCUAUUACAAGUAAGGUUAAUGGACUACUGCAAACAGCAAAACAUGACACAUAUUCAUAUUGGCUUGGUCCACCCUCCAUUGCUUCCUUUUUUCAUACUGUUGGUUAUGAAAGCUUUCCAUCAAGAGAGGAAUCUAUGAAAAAGAUUAAGGAAGCAUUGAAAAGCCCAAAUGUUAGAGUGAUUGGGCUUCAUGGGUUGAGCGGUGUGGGUAAGACCACAUUGGUCAAAAAAAUUGCUAGGGAUGCAUUACAAGCCUCAGAAGCGGACAAGAUGUUUGAUGUAGUGGCCAUGUCAAGCAUAACAAGAAAUCCUGAUAUCAGACAAAUUCAAGGGCAUAUUGCUGAUGCUUUAGGGAUGAAAUUGGAUGAGGAAAGCGACAUUGCAAGAGCUGCUCGAAUACGAAGAAGACUGAAAAACGAGAGCACGCUUAUAAUCUUAGAUGAUCUUUGGGCAGCACUGGACUUGAAUAUGCUAGGGAUUCCACUUGAUGUUGAUGAUGGUGAUGGUCAGCACAUUUUGACAGAAACAGCGAAGGAAAUUUCAUCUGGUAAUGUCAGAGAAGGAAAAAUUCCUGGGCUGUUCAGCAAGACAGAAACAACAAAUGAAAUUUCAUCUGGGAAUGUCAGAGAAGGAAAAAUUCCUGGGUUGCUCACCAAGACAAAAACAAUGAAGGAAAUUCCGUUUGGGAAUCUCAAAGAAGGAAAAAUCCCCGGGGAGCACCGCAAGACCAAAACAAUGAAGGAAAUUCCAUACGGGAAUGUUAAUGAAGGAAAAUCCUCUGGAGAGCACAGUAAGAGAAAAUCAGAAGGAAACAAUAGUGUUGUCAAUAUGAUGAAAUCAAGAAAACUCCCCAGUGCAUCUAAUAUGAAAACAGAGGAAACUCUUAGCCAUUACAAAGGGUGCAAGGUUUUACUGAUUUCUGAAAGCAAACAAGUGCUAUUAAGUCAUUUGGAAGGGAAAGAAGACUCUAUUUACUUCAUCAACGUCUUAAAGGAAAAGGAAUCAGAAACAUUUUUCAAGAAGAUGGCUGGGAUUGGUAAUGGAAAGACUGAAUUUGAUAAAUUAACAAUGUCAAUAGUUCACAAGUGUAAUGGGUUGCCAAUGUCAAUAGUCACAACUGCACGGGCAUUGAAAAACCAGAGCUGCUCGGUAUGGGAAGAUGUUCACCGACAUCUUGAAAGGGGAAAUUUGACAGGAGUGUCUGAUUUUUCUACAAAGUUAAGUUAUGAUCUUCUAGAAGACGAGGAGCUCAAGUAUGCUUUCUUACUCUGUGCUCGUAUGGGUCCUGAUGCAUUGAUUGUGGACUUGGUGAAAUAUUGUAUUGGUUUGGGUUUUCUCCAGGAAAUCUAUACAGUAAAGGAAGCUCGAGAUAGAGUUUAUGUGUUGGUUGGAAAACUAAAAGUGUUUGGUUUGCUGUCUGACAGUUAUUCAAGUGAUCAUUUCACCAUGCAAGAUAUUGUUCGCAGUGCGGCUUUGUCAAUAGCAUCUAAGGAGAAGCAUGUAUUUACAAAGACAAAUGGGAAAAUAGAUGAAUGGCCAGAUAAACUUGAAAGUUAUGCUGCCAUUUCCUUGCAUCAUUGUCAUAUCAUUGAUGGGUUUCCUAGAGAAAUAAACUACCCGAGGCUUAGAUUCUUCCAAGUUAACAACAAUGAUCCACAUCUGAAAAUACCAAAAAACUUUUUCGAAGGAAUGAAAGAACUCAGAGUGUUGUUAUUGACUGGCAUUCGUAUAUCACCCUUAGAUUCAUCUAUUGCAUCCCUAACAGAACUCAAAAUGCUUGCUUUCGAGCAAUGCAUGCUAGAUAAGAAAUUAUCUGUGAUAGGUGAGUUGAAGAAGUUAAGAAUUCUCAGUUUUUCAGGAUCUGAUAUUGAAAAGUUGCCUGUUGAAUUGAAGCAGUUAAAAAAGCUACAGAUUUUUGACAUAAGUAAUUGCUCCAAACUUACAAACAUUCCAUCCAAUGUAAUAUCGAGUUUGAUUAGUUUGGAAGAGUUAUAUAUGAGAAACACCUUGAUUCAAUGGAAGGUUGAAGAACAGAAUUAUCAAAGUGAAAAUGCUAGUCUUACUGAGUUGAGGCAUCUUAAUCAGUUGACAACCUUAGACAUACAUAUCUCAGAUGCUGCCCAUUUGCCAAAGAACUUGUUCUUUGACAAGUUAUAUAGCUACAAGAUUGUUGUUGGAGAUAUGAAUGCAUAUUCAGAUAUGGAUGCCAAGAUGCCAGAGAAAUAUGAAGCAUCAAGAUUUUUGGCAAUACAGUUAAAAAAAGGUUGCAACAUUCAUUCUCAAAAGGGUAUAAAGAUGUUGUUUGAAAGAGUUGAAACUUUGUUUCUUGAAGAACUCAAUGGUGUCAAAGAUAUAUUUUUUAGAUUGAGUUUGAAGGGAUUUCCAUAUCUUAAACAUUUGUUGAUUGUCAAUAAUUCUGACAUUCAAUCCCUCAUCAAUCCAGAGGACAGGCAGCAUACAGAGAAGGCUUUUCCUAAAUUGGAGUCACUGCAUCUAUAUAAUCUCAAGAGCAUCAGUGAAAUAUGCUCCUGUAAACUUUCAGCACCCUCUUUCAGAAAAUUGAAAGUCAUCAAGAUUAAUCUUUGUGGUAAACUGACCAGUGUCGUCUUAUUUUCUGUGGUUAGUCUUUUAACUGUUCUCGAAACCAUUGAAGUUUCUGAAUGUAACACUUUGAUGGCGAUUGUUGCUUCAGAAACGGAGAGUAACAGUAAUGAAAGGGGGGUACUAAAUUUUCCUGAAUUGCGCACUUUGACCCUAAUGUCUUUACCUGAAUUAAUUGGAUUCUACCCCAUUUCAUCAGAAGGAGAAGAUGGAGCAAAAGCUACAGAACUUUUCGAUGAAAAGGUUGAACUUCCAAAAUUAGAAAGAAUGGUUUUGUCCUCAAUCCAAAUUAACAAAGUAUGGAGUGACCAAUCUAUGCAAAUAUCCUGUUUCAAAAAUUUGAUACACAUGGAUGUAAAUGGUUGUUGGAAUUUAGAUUACCUAAUAUCGUUUUCAAUGGCCAAGAGUCUGGUGAAUCUUCAAAGCCUUUUUGUAAGUGAAUGUGAGAAGAUGAGCUACAUAUUUCCACAAGGGCAAGGUAGUCAUGCUAAAAUGAAGGGUAGUGUCUUUCCAAAUUUGAAGAGUAUCAAACUAAGUAGCAUGAAGAGUUUGUUGGAGAUAUGGAAUUUUGAACUCCCUUCAAAUUCUUUUGAGAAACUUGACACUCUGAUCAUUGAGGAAUGUGACAAACUUGUCAAUGUUUUUCCUUGUUAUGUGGCGGGAAUGUUUCGAAGUCUAUGCAACUUGAGGGUUACAAAUUGCAAAUCAAUGAAGUUAGUAUUUGAACUAGAUGAUAAAAAACGAAAUGAGGUGGAUGUAACAAACAUGCAGGAUGUUUAUUUAGAAACACUCCCUAAACUAGAGCAUGUAUGGAAAUGGAGCAAAGACCGGGUUGGGAUUCUUGAAUUGAAAAGUCUUCAAAAGAUGUGUGUUCAUGAUUGUUAUCGGUUAGAAAAUAUAUUUCCAGUUUCUGUAGCCAGGCUAUUUCCCAUUCUUGAGUACCUUGUGAUACGGGAUUGCUUUGAAUUGAGGGAAAUUGUUCCCAAGAGAUACAGUACCAACGACACAAGCAAUCUAGGUCCAUUUUUUGAGUUUCCUAAUCUGACCACUAUCAAAUUUUCCGACCUUCCAAAACUCUCUGGAUUCUAUCCAGGAGCUUAUAAACUUAGUUGUCCAGCAUUGAACGACCUGACUAUUGAGCUCUGUGACAGACUGGAACCAUUCAAAAAAGAAACCACAGAGGCACAAACUAGGUCAACCAUCUUUUCUAAAGAGGUAAUCAAUAAGUUGAAGUGCAUGCACAUCGAGUCAUGGCAUGCAAAGUUGUCGAGCAGUUACCUGAGGGAACGAAACCAUCGGCAGGACAAUUUGGAAGAACUUUGCCUAUCUAGAUUAAUGAAUCCUGGGAUUCUCUAUUCUUUCCUUCAUAGAAGUCCUAAUCUAAAAAGCCUAUCAUUGAGUAAUUGUUUCGUUACAGAUAUAGUGCCUCACAAAAUGCCUCCUGAAAUUGAAAAUUUGGGGGUUGUUCCAAAGCUGGAAAAAUUGAUGUUACUAGACAUGCCUGAUCUUGAGACAAUAGGCUUUGAAGAAGGUAUAAUUCUUGAAAGGAUAGAGUUACUGAUCUUAAAGCAAUGUCCUCUUUUGGUCAAUAUAAUGCCUUCUUCAGUAUCUCUCACUCACUUGACAAAUCUAGAAGUGGUUAGUUGUGGUGGAUUAAAAAUAUUAAUGCCACUAUCUGCCGCUAAAAGCUUGGUUCAACUCAACAGCAUGAAAGUAGUCGAAUGUGAAUCUAUGGAGGAAAUUGUAGGAAAUGAGAAUGAAAAUGGAGGUGAAGUGGACAAAAUUGUAGAAAAUGAAAAUGUAUUGAAAGUUGACAUUGUUUUCAGGAAAUUGAGAGUCCUAGAACUUUUGUCGCUAAAGAAACUCAAUUCUUUCUCUAAGAGUUGUGUCACUGAGUUUCCGUCCAUGGAGAAAUUAGUUGUGAGUGCAUGCCCCAAAAUGGAAAGUUUUUCUGAAAAAGUCCAGAGCUCUCCACUAUUGGAAAAAAUAUUUGUACAUGAAAAUGAGAAGAUAUGGUGCUGGAAUGAUGAUUUAAAUACUACAAUACAAGAGAUAUUCAAGGAAAAGAGGUUUCUUGAAGGCAUGGAAGAGAUCAGUCUGUCAGAACAUCAUGAUCUACAAAUACUCUGGAAUUGUGGUGUUGGUGAUCUGGAAAAAAGUUGGUUUUACAAUUUGAAAACUUUGAGGUUGGAAGACUGUGAUAAUCUAUCAUGUGCAAUUCCAUCUAAUAUCUUUCUUUGUCUAAAGAGCUUAAAAGAAUUGGAAGUGCGGAAUUGUAACAAAGUGGGGCAAAUUUUUGGAAACUUAGAGAAUGAUAACAUGACAAUUCGAUCCCAAUUGAAGAAUUUGACUUUAGAAGGGCUAUCUGACUUGAAGCAUGUGUGGGGAGAGAAUUAUCAAGGAAAUCUCAUAUUUCAAAAUCUGCUACAUGUCUCUGUUAUUGAUUGUGAUGGCCUGAAAACACUAUUUCCGGCGGCUGUAGCCAAAAACAUUAAAAAGCUCGAGACACUUCAAAUAGAAUCUUGUCAAAAUUUGCUUGAAAUUGUAGGAAAGGAAGUUUAUGUAGGCGUUGCUGCAGAUGAUACAGAAAAGUUUGUGUUCCCUUGUUUAACGUCACUUGAUCUUAAUGACUUGCCAGAGCUGACUUACUUUUACUGUGAAAUAUUCACCGUGGAAUGCCCAGAGUUACAUGUAUUAAUAGUGUUGGACUGCCCUAGGUUGGAGUUAUUUCAAAGUGCAUGUCUCGAGAGUGAGAGUGAAGGUAAUAGUACUUCAAUUAAUAGACAACCUCUUUUUUCGAAUCUCCAGGCCAUUUCAUUUCUGGAGGAAUUAUCAGUUGAUUGGGAAUACUCUUCGGUGUUGGGAUCAAGUUUAGAAGGAAUGGAAGACCUCAAAUUAUUAAAAGAUAUUCAAUUUUUCUUUGAUGUGGAUGAUAUUGUGAAUCCCACUUUGCCCUUUGGUAUACUUAGUAAGGCACCCAAUUUGCAAGAAAUGAGUAUAGAGUGGUGCAAAAGCUUCGAGAUAUUCCAAACUGCAAACAUCAAAACUAGUGAACAGUUGAAAACAUUGACACUGAACAACGUAUCUGAGCUCAAGUUCAUCUGGUCAGAGGACUCAUCAUGGUUAAACAUAGUCUGUGAGAAGCUCUACAAUUUAAAUGUUACUUGUUGUCCUGGUUUGACAAAAUUAUCCUGUUCUCCUUCUGCAGUAUCUUUCUCCCAUCUGAAAGAAUUAUAUAUAGAAGAAUGUCAUGGAUUGGAGUAUUUAUUCACAUCGUCAGUGGCAAAAGUGUUGAUGCACCUUGAGAAGAUCACAGUCAAGGAGAGUGAAUCAAUUAAAGAAAUAAUAGAAAUGGAGCAGGAUGGAACAACUUCCCUUGUAGUCAAAUUUGAGCGGCUAAUCUCCAUAGUUCUAGAUUCUUUAUCAAGCCUUGAAUAUUUUUAUUCAGGGAGUGAUACUUUGCAGUUACCGUCUCUAACUCUGGUGAACAUUCAACAGUGUCCCAAGAUGGAUUGUUUCUCUCGAGGAGGGAUAAUCGCAAAAUCUUUUAAAGGAAUUCAAAAUUCGGUUGAACAAAAUGAUGAAUUAAUCUUCCACAAUGAUCUUAAUGUCUCCGUCAAAAUGGUGUUUCUAUUGCAGAUGCUUUCCGAAGGAAUGGACGGGACAGAAUUUUCGAAACAUCCUGAGCUACGCGAUGCAUGGCAAGAUGGACUUUGUACCCAAAACAAUUGGUUUUACGGCUUGAGAACAUUGAAGCUAGUCAACUGUGAUAUUAAACCAUAUGCAAUUCCAUCUAAUAUUCUUCCUUGUUUAAACAGUUUAAAAGAUUUAGAAGUACGGAAUUGUAAUAAGGUAGAGGUAAUUUUUGCUAAAAAUGACACUGAUGAAAUUCCGUCCCAGUUAAACAAUCUGACUUUGGAAGAUCUAUCGGGGCUGAAACUUGUUUGGGAGAAGAACUUUGAAGGAAUCCUACAAUUUCAAAAUCUGAAACAAGUCAGUUGUAUUGGUUGUAAAAGUAUACAAACUCUAUUUCCUGUAGUCCUUGCUGAAAAUCUUAAAAUGCUUGAUGAUCUUAAAGUUAAAUCCUGUCAUGAGUUGCGAGAAAUUGUUGGAAUGGAAGAUGCAGCAACAGGCUUAGAAAAAAAGUUUUCAUUCUCUCAUUUAACCUCAUUAGAUCUUUAUGAUUUGCCAGAGUUCAGAUACUUUUACCCUAAAAUAUUUACUGUGGUGUGUCCCAAGUUAAGUUAUUUCUCUGUAGUGGAUUGUCCUAAGUUGGAGGUAUUUCAAGGUGCACAUGCUGAAGGUGAGGCUGAAAGUAUUAGUACUUCAACUAACAGACAGCCCCUUAUCCCAAAUCUUAAUGUCAUUUCCAUCCUAGAGGAAUUAGUUCUAGAUUGGAAACACAUUUCAGUGUUAAGGUUAGGACAACAAUCAGAAGAUCUCAAAUAUUUGAAAAGAGCUUUCUUGUACUUUAAUGAAGUUGAAAAGAAUGAGAAGCCUACCUUUCCUCUAGAAAUAUUUGAGAAGGUACCAAAUCUACAAGAUUUACUGGUAGGGUGGAUCAAUAGUGUCGAGAUAUUCCUCACUAAAAAUGCCAACGGUAGAGAGCGCAGGAUUCUUGGACAAUUAAAAUUUUUGGAAUUGCACACAGUAUAUGAACUCCAAUACAUCAAUUUAGAGGACUCGUGGUUAAACAUUGUCAUUGAGAAACUCCACAGAUUAAAACUUUCCAAUUGUCCUGAUUUGGAAAAAAUAUUCCAUUCUCCGUGUGCUGUAUCUUUCUCUUAUAUGAAAGAAUUGUAUGUAAGCAAUUGUCAUGGGUUGAGGUAUUUAUUCACAUGCUCAGUUGCAAAGGCAUUACCUACCCUCGAAAAGCUCACCGUGGAGGAAAGUCAAUCAAUUACAGAAAUAAUAGCAAAAGAGCAAGAUGGAACAACUUCUCAAGGGGUCAAAUUUGAGCGGCUAUGCUACAUAUUUCUAAAUUCUUUAUCAAGCUUGGAAUGCUUUUAUUCGGGCAAUGGGAGUUUGCAGUUACCAUCUCUUAGUGACGUGUACAUAUGGCAGUGUCCCAACCUAAAAGUUUUUUCUUCAGGGGAGAUAGAUGCAAAAUCUUUUAUAGGAGUUCAAGCUUCGUCCGACUCAAAUGAUCCAUUGGUGUUGCACAACGACUUUAAUGCCUCAGUCAGGAGGGUUUUUUUAUUGCAGAUGCUUUCCGAAGGAAUGGACGGGACAGAAUUUUCGAAACAUCCUGAGCUACUCGAUGCAUGGCAAGAUAGACUUUGUACCCAAAACAAUUGGUUUUACGGCUUGAGAACAUUGAAGCUAGUCAACUGUGAUAUUAAACCAUAUGCAAUUCCAUCUAAUAUUCUUCCUUGUUUAAACAGUUUAAAAGAUUUAGAAGUACGGAAUUGUAAUAAGGUAGAGGUAAUUUUUGCUAAAAAUGACACUGAUGAAAUUCCGUCCCAAUUAAACAAUCUGACUUUGGAAGAUCUAUCGGGGCUGAAACUUGUUUGGGAGAAGAACUUUGAAGGAAUCCUACAAUUUCAAAAUCUGAAACAAGUCAGUUGUAUUCGUUGUAAAAGUAUACAAACUCUAUUUCCUGUAGUCCUUGCUGAAAAUCUUAAAAUGCUUGAUGAUCUUAAAGUUAAAUCCUGUCAUGAGUUGCGAGAAAUUGUUGGAAUGGAAGAUGCAGCAACAGGCUUAGAAAAAAAGUUUUCAUUCUCUCAUUUAACCUCAUUAGAUCUUCAUGACUUGCCAGAGUUCAGAUACUUUUACCCUGAAAUAUUUACUGUGGUGUGUCCCAAGUUAAGUUAUUUCUCUGUAGUGGAUUGUCCUAAGUUGGAGGUAUUUCAAGGUGCACAUGCUGAAGGUGAGGCUGAAAGUAUUAGUACUUCAACUAACAGACAGCCCCUUAUCCCAAAUCUUAAUGCCAUUUCCAUCCUAGAGCAAUUAGUUCUAGAUUGGAAACACAUUUCAGUGUUAAGGUUAGGACAACAAUCAGAAGAUCUCAAAUAUUUGAAAAAAGCUUUCUUGUACUUUAAUGAUGUUGAAAAGAAAGAGAAGCCUACCUUUCCUCUAGAAAUAUUUGAGAAGGUACCAAAUCUACAAGAUUUACUGGUAGGGUGGAUCAAUAGUGUCGAGAUAUUCCUCACUAAAAAUGCCAACGGUAGAGAGCGCGGGAUUCUUGGACAAUUAGAAUUUUUGGAAUUGCACACAGUAUAUGAACUCCAUUACAUCAAUUUAGAGGACUCGUGGUUAAACAUUGUCAUUGAGAAACUCCACAGAUUAAAACUUUCCAAUUGUCCUGAUUUGGAAAAAAUAUUCCAUUCUCCGUGUGCUGUAUCUUUCUCCUAUAUGAAAGAAUUGUAUGUAAGCAAUUGUCAUGGGUUGAGGUAUUUAUUCACAUGCUCAGUUGCAAAGGCAUUGACUACCCUCGAAAAGCUCACCGUGGAGGAAAGUCAAUCAAUUACAGAAAUAAUAGCAAAAGAGCAAGAUGGAACAACUUCUCAAGGGGUCAAAUUUGAGCGGCUAUGCUACAUAUUUCUAAAUUCUUUAUCAAGCUUGGAAUGCUUUUAUUCGGGCAAUGGUAGUUUGCAGUUACCGUCUCUUAGUGAUGUGUCAAUAUGGCAGUGUCCCAACCUAAAAGUUUUUUCUUCAGGGGAGAUAGAUGCAAAUUUUUUCAAAGGAAUUGAUGAUUCAUCCGAUUUAAAUGAUGAAUUGGUCCUGUACAAUAAUGACCUUAAUGCUUCGGUCAAAAGAGUUUUUCUAUUGCAGAUGCUUUCCGAAGGAAUGGACGGGUCAGAAUUUUCCAAACAUCCUGAGCUACUCGAAGCAUGGCAAGAUGGACUUUGUACCCAAAACAGUUGGUUUUACAACCUGAGAACAUUGAAGCUUGUCAACUGUGAUAUUAAACCAUAUGCAAUUCCAUCUAAUAUUCUUCCCUGUUUAAACAGCUUAAAAGAUUUAGAAGUACGGAAUUGUAACAAGGUAGAGGUAAUUUUUGCUAAAAAUGACACUGAUGAAAUUCCGUCCCAAUUAAACAAUUUGAUUUUGGAAGAUCUGUCGGAGUUGAAACUUGUUUGGGAGAAGAACUUUCAAGGAAUCCUACAAUUUCAAAAUCUGAAACAAGUCAGUGUUAUUGGUUGUAAAAGUAUACAAACUCUAUUUCCUGCAGUUCUUGCUGAAAAUCUUAAAAUGCUUGAUAAACUUGAAGUUAAAUCUUGUGUUGAGUUGCGAGAAAUUGUUGGAGAGGAAGAUGUAGCAACAGGCUUAGAAAAAACGUUUUUAUUCCCUCAUUUAGCCUCAUUAGAUCUUUAUAAGUUGCCAGAGUUCACAUACUUUUACCCUGGAAUAUUUACUGCAGUGUGUCCCAAGUUACGUUGUAUCACUCUGAUGGGUAGUCCUAAGUUGGAGCUAUUUGAAGGUGCACAUAGUACUUCAACUAAUAGACAACCUGUUAUCCCAAAUAUUGAUGCCAUUCCCAUGCUGGAGGAAUUAUGUCUUGAUUGGAAACACCUUUCAGUGUUAAGGAUAGGACAAGAAUCGGAAGAUCUCAUAUAUUUGAAAAAAACUUUGCUGUGCUUUGAUGGUGUUGAAGAGAAUGAGAAGCCUUCCUUGCCUCUAGAAAUAUUUGAGAAGGCACCAAAUCUACAAGAUUUACAGUUAGGGUGGAUCAAUAGUCUUGAGAUAUUCCUCAUAAAAAAUACCAACAGUAGAGAGCAUAUGAUUCUUGGACAGUUGAAAAUAUUGACAUUGGACACAGUAUCUGAGCUCCAAUACAUCAAUUUAGAUGACUCAUGGUUAAACACAGUCAUUGAGAAGCUCCACAAUUUAAAAGUUACCAAUUGUCCUGAUUUGAAAUAUUUAAUUCAUUCUCCAUGUGCAGUAUCUUUCUCCUGUAUGAAAGAAUUGCAUAUAAGCGGAUGUCAUGGGUUGAGGUAUUUAUUCACAUGCUCAAUGGCUAAGGUGUUGAAAGCCCUCGAGAAGAUCACCGUAGAGGAAAGUCGAUCAAUUACAGAAAUAGUGGCAAAAGAGCAAGAUCAAACAACUUCUCAAGGGGUCAAAUUUGAGCAGCUAUGCUACAUAUAUCUAAAUUCUUUAAAAAGCCUGGAAUGUUUUUAUUCUGGCAAUGGUAGUUUGCAGUUACCGUCUCUGACUCGAGCGUACAUAUGGCAGUGUCCCAAGCUAAAAGUUUUUUCUUCAGGGGAGAUAAUUGCAAACUGUUUCCAAGGAAUUCAAGCUUUGCCUGAUUUAAAUGAUGAAUUGGUCUUGUACAACAAUAAUCUUAACGCCUCAGUAGAAAAGUUGUUUCUUCUAAAACAGGAACAUUUAGUUUUUGUGGAUUCUCAUUUAUUGAAAUCAAUAUGGCUCAAGUCAGAGACAGUCCCAAACUGGUGUUUUUGCAAUUUAAUUUCUUUGGUUGUGGAAGGGUGUGAAUUUUUAGCAGAUGCGGUACUACCUUCUCAUUUACUUCCUUUCCUAAGUAACCUAAAAACAUUGGAAGUACGGAACUGUAAUUCUAUUAAGGCAAUAUUUGUUAAUACAAAGGUUGGACCUCAAGGAUGUCUUGGCCUUCCACUUCUUGAAAAGCUCUAUGUGGGAAACUGUAAAGAGUUACUAGAAAUUGUUGCAAAGGAAGAAACAGACACUGAAGAUGCAAAUAAAGUGAUUACUAUUUUCCCAAAGAUAACAUAUUUGAUGUUAUUGAAUUUAUACAAUUUGAGGUGCAUUUAUCCUGGGGUGCACAUUCUAGAGUGGCCUAUCUUAAAAGAAUUACAUGUUGUGCACUGUCCGAUACUGAAAUUUUUCACAACAGUAGUCCAAAGUUCUCGAGAUUUACCUUCAGAAUAUCAAGAUAGUUUUCCAACAAUCCAACAAACCUUUGUCUCACUUGAAAAGGUUACUCCGAGCCUUAAGGUGCUGACGCUUGGUAAGGAAGAAGCCAAGAUGAUGGAGCAAGGAAAACUUCAUGUUGAUCUCCAAGAAUUAAACAUCCUCAGAUUGCAGUGCUUUCAUGAUAAAACAGAUGUAUUUCCAUUUGUUUUUCAUUCCAAGGUGCCACUACCCAGCACUAAGUACCUUUUGGUGGGACAUAGUGCCUUCAUAGAGAUAUUCCCAGCUCAAACACCUGAUGUAGACUAUACUAAAAUCCUUUCACAGCUUAAGACAUUGGAGCUUAAGAAUCUGCCCAAGCUUGAAUCCAUUGGAUUUGAACACUCCUGGAUGCGUCCAUUCGUUGAAAAUCUACAAACCAUACAUGUUUUGUAUUGUGACAGUUUGACAAACUUGACACCAUCCAUUGUGUCCUUCUCCAAACUGAAAAAACUUAAUGUACAGAAUUGUCAUGGUAUAAAAUACUUGUUCACAUCAUCAACUGCUAAAACAUUGACUGUACUGAAGGAGAUGAAGCUGGUCAAUUGUAAAUCAAUAAUAGCAAUUGUGGCCAAAGAGGGAGAUGAACCAAAUGAAGGUGAGAUGCUAUUCAUGGAGCUUAGUAUUUUGACCCUUAGCUCAUUACCAAAACUCGGAAGCUUUUACUCGGGGAGUUUCACUUUAAGUUUCUCGUCCUUGAAAGAAGUGUCAUUCACACAAUGCAACAGCACAAAAGUUUUCCGUCUUGGUGACAAAGUACCAGAUGAAUUGAAGGUGACAAUAGAUGGAGUCGUUUGGGAAAGUGAUAAAAAUGAAGUUCUCAUGCAACAGAUUGAUGAGGAAGCCUGACGAGACUCAAUGGUUCCAAGAGAGGAUAAGUUGGUAAUCAAGGAAACAACUAUUGACAAAUCACUGGAUUUGGAGUACCGUGUUCGUGAAUAAAGUUUGCUUCUCUGUCUGCAGAAAGUGUGUCGUUCUUAAGUUACAUUUGAGUUUGUUUUGAAUAAAGUCCUCCAGGAGGAUAUGUGUGCAUGACUUUUAAGUUUCAAGAAUUGUUUUCAUGAAUAAAUUUGCCCUGUAUUUCUACAGGUGGUUGGUUUGCUUUGUUUUUAAGUUUGAGAAAGAAUUUCUAUAAAUAAAUUUGAGCUGGAUGUAUUUCCAGUGAACAAUGUUUCAUGGACAAAGUUGGAUUUGUAUGUAUUGAUACUGGUACUGUGCAUGAUCUUUAAGUUCAAGUUCAUUUCAUGAAUAAAGUUGACAAUUAUGUCUA